UUAAUUCAAAACAAAUAACAAAAAUUAAAAGUAAACAUGUCUGACGCAAAUAGUGACGGGAAUUCAGUUAUUGAAAUAAAUGUUGGGGGUGUAUUUUAUUCAGCAUCAAAGGAAACAUUAACGAAAGAAGCUGAUUCACUAUUAGGUGAAAUAUUUUCUGGACGACAACAAGUACCGCGUGAUGCAAAAGGUCGAUAUUUCAUUGAUCGUGAUGGAGUGUUAUUUCGAUAUGUAUUGGAUUAUCUACGAAAUAAAUCGUUAAUACUUCCAGAAAGUUUUAAGGAAAAGGAACGAUUACGUCAGGAAGCAUUGUAUUAUAAUUUACCACACAUGGUUGAAGCAAUAACAAAUUAUUCAGAAGGAGGUGGUACACCAGCGCGAUCUAAAGGAUGUAUCACAGUUGGAUAUCGUGGCAGUUUUCAAUUUGGACGUGAUGGAUUAGCUGAUGUGAAAUUUAGAAAAAUCUCACGUAUUUUAGUAUGUGGUCGUGUCACAUUAUGUCGUGAUGUGUUUGGGGAAACGUUAAAUGAGUCACGUGACCCGGAUCAUGGAUUAACUGAACGUUAUACAUCACGAUUCUUUUUAAAACAUUCAUUUAUUGAACAAGCAUUUGAUAAUUUAUUUGAACAAGGUUUUAAAAUGGUUGGAAGUUGUGGAUCUGGUACAGCGGGAAGUGCUGCUGAAUUAAAACCGGGUGUUGAUUCUGAAGAGAAUCGUUGGAAUCAUUACAAUGAAUUUGUAUUUGUUAGAGAUUAAGGAAAUUAUAUAUCUAUAUUAAAAAGUAGACAGAAACCAAAAAACGGGACAUACAUAGGAAUUUAUGUAGAAAAAAUAUAUAUAUAUUAUCAACAAACCAUCUCAGUGGUGCAACAAGUAUAUUAUUCGAAGUCGAAAUAAUAAAAGUCUUGUAUAUCGUCGUAUUUUCCAUAUGUUGUAAUAGAUUGAAGAUAAACUUGUUCCGUAAAAAAAAAUGCCUACAAUUUGUUCACAUUAUCUAAGUAGAAUUACAACUAUAUAAACAACAGCAUCUUCUACGAAAUUCGCCAAUCAUUUCGGGUUGGUGACAACAACUAAAUAAAUUGUAUUCAGAAUUUAAAA